AUGAUGAACAAAGCUUCGUCGGCUGAGAAGUACCGCUUAUUGCAUGGUCACGAUAUUUUCGAGGGCGCUGAGGGGCUCUCCUUCCCCACAGACGGUCACCACGUCAUCGCCAACGUCACAGCCAAGGAAAAUCUCGACCCGGCAGCGUUUGGGAACUCGCCUCCGGUUCUGACCUCCUUUCUCCUUGACGAGGAGGGUGUAAUGCGGGCUUUGUUCAGCUGCUUAUUUCAUUCGGUCGGAGAAGGGGGAGGGGAUAUUGACGAGCUGAGGCAAGGGCGGUGGGCAGGGCAGACUCUGAUAAUAAGAGAAAAGAAAGAGGUCAGUAACGAUACAGAGUGGAAAGACGUCAGCAAGGAGGUGAAGGACGUUCUGCAGGUGGCAGUGGAUAAUGAAAGUUAA